CGAAGAAGAAGCAGCAUGUACACGUGUCCUCGGUGAGGCGACAGCUCAGAUACGGAGGCUGAUAUGGCUACAGAGACCGGCAUCAAUAUGGAGGACAACAUAGACGUGGAAGCGAGUGAAAAACCUUUUGAGCUUCAUUUAGACGCUUUAAAGAAGGUGUUGGAAGACCAAGACCCCAUAUUUAUUAUCGGAAUUAUUGUUUCUUUGUCUGUUGUUGUCAUCACUUUGGUGUUGUUGAAGUACUUACUAAGCAGAAAAACUGUCCAAAGUGCUGUGCUGCUGGUUGGUCUCUGCGAUUCUGGAAAGACCCUUCUCUUUAGUCGAUUGUUAUCAGGAAAGUUCAAGAAAACCCAGACCUCCGUCACAGACAGCAGUGCCCCUUACAAAGCCAAGAACGAGAGGGGAAGCAGCUGGACCCUGAUUGACCUACCUGGACAUGACAGUCUUCGGCCUCAGUAUGUGGAGAAGUUCAAGUCAGCUGCCAGAGCCAUGGUGUUUGUGGUGGACAGUGCCAUCUUCCAGAAGGAAGUGAGAGACGUGGCUGAGUUUCUGUACUUCCUGUUGACUGACAGUGUAGUGUCCAGGAAUGUCCCUUCUCUGAUAGUGGCCUGCAACAAGCAAGAUAUCACCAUGGCAAAAUCUGCUAAGCUGAUUCGUCAGCAGCUGGAGAAAGAGCUGAACACACUGAAAGUGACAAGGUCUGCGGCUCUGAGCGCCCAGGAUGGGUCUGCGGGGGCCAGCGUGCACCUGGGGAAGAAAGGCAAAGACUUUGAGUUCAGCCAGCUGCCCAUGAAGGUGGAGUUCCUGGAGUGCAGUGCCCGAGGCAGCAAAGGGGAGGACAGGGAGGCAGACAUCGCCAGCCUCGAGAAGAGCCUGGCAAGGCUGUGAGAUGACUGGGUCUCAUUAUUGACCAUUUAGUUCCCGUAGGUCACUACUUUGGCCAAGAGCUCUUGAGUGGGGUGCAUUAUGGGGAAUUAGGCUAAGGUCUCUCAGCAUAUCAGGCAUCUUCGUCGGUCCUCAGAACUCCAGACUCAACACAACUACACUAUGGAAGUGAGUUGUGCUGACAUCACAAGGUCAGCAGCGGUACUUGAUGUUUUGAAUGCUAAUUUUGCGAAAAGAUCAGAUUUUAUUUCCAUUUUUUUUUUUUUUUGCUUUGCUCAUCUCUAGCAGGCGUUUCUUUUUGUCUAGCAAAUGACCCGUCCUCACCCACGGCUAUGAAACAAUAUCAACAUUUAUUUCUACUAUCGUUUAUCUAUUUGUUUUUUUUCCCCCCUCAUCAGCAUUUGACUAAUCCAUCAAUCAUGAUAUCCUGUGAAUGUGAUGAGAUAUUUCACUAAACCCGCCUCAGACGACCUAUCGUAUUUCUGCGUUUAGAUUACAGCAGUUUGUAGUUCCUUUCUGGAAUAGGUUAGUUGAAUGUUCCAUCAGUUUGUAUUGUGUUCCAGUGUAUUCUGUAGUUCCAUCAGUUUGUAUUGUGUUCCAGUGUAUUCUGUAGUUCCAUCAGUUUGUAUUGUGUUCCAGUGUAUUCUGUAGUUCCAUCAGUUUGUAUUGUGUUCCAGUGUAUUCUGUAGUUCCAUCAGUUUGUAUUGUGGUCCAGUGUAUUCUGUAGUUCCAUCAGUUUGUAUUGUGUUCCAGUGUAUUCUGUAGUUCCAUCAGUUUGUAUUGUGGUCCAGUGUAUUCUGUAGUUCCAUCAGUUUGUAUUGUGUUCCAGUGUAUUCUGUAGUUCCAUCAGUUUGUAUUGUGGUCCAGUGUAUUCUGUAGUUCCAUCAGUUUGUAUUGUGGUCGUGUAUUCUGUAGUUCCAUCAGUUUGUAUUGUGGUCCAGUGUAUUCUGUAGUUCCAUCAGUUUGUAUUGUGGUCCAGUGUAUUCUGUAGUUCCAUCAGUUUGUAUUGUGGUCCAGUGUAUUCUGUAGUUCCAUCAGUUUGUAUUGUGUUCCAGUGUAUUCUGUAGUUCCAUCAGUUUGUAUUGUGGUCCAGUGUAUUCUGUAGUUCCAUCAGUUUGUAUUGUGGUCCAGUGUAUUCUGUAGUUCCACCAGUUUGUAUUGUGGUCCAGUGUAUUCUGUAGUUCCACCAGUUUGUAUUGUGGUCCAGUGUAUUCUGUAGUUCCAUCAGUUUGUAUUGUGUUCCAGUGUAUUCUGUAGUUCCAUCAGUUUGUAUUGUGGUCCAGUGUAUUCUGUAGUUCCACCAGUUUGUAUUGUGUUCCAGUGUAUUCUGUAGUUCCAUCAGUUUGUAUUGUGUUCCAGUGUAUUCUGUAGUUCCAUCAGUUUGUAUUGUGUUCCAGUGUAUUCUGUAGUUCCAUCAGUUUGUAUUGUGUUCCAGUGUAUUCUGUAGUUCCAUCAGUUUGUAUUGUGUUCCAGUGUAUUCUGUAGUUCCAUCAGUUUGUAUUGUGUUCCAGUGUAUUCUGUAGUUCCAUCAGUUUGUAUUGUGUUCCAGUGUAUUCUGUAGUUCCAUCAGUUUGUAUUGUGGUCCAGUGUAUUCUGUAGUUCCAUCAGUUUGUAUUGUGGUCCAGUGUAUUCUGUAGUUCCAUCAGUUUGUAUUGUGUUCCAGUGUAUUCUGUAGUUCCAUCAGUUUGUAUUGUGUUCCAGUGUAUUCUGUAGUUCCAUCAGUUUGUAUUGUGUUCCAGUGUAUUCUGUAGUUCCAUCAGUUUGUAUUGUGUUCCAGUGUAUUCUGUAGUUCCAUCAGUUUGUAUUGUGGUCCAGUGUAUUCUGUAGUUCCAUCAGUUUGUAUUGUGGUCCAGUGUAUUCUGUAGUUCCAUCAGUUUGUAUUGUGUUCCAGUGUAUUCUGUAGUUCCAUCAGUUUGUAUUGUGGUCCAGUGUAUUCUGUAGUUCCACCAGUUUGUAUUGUGGUCCAGUGUAUUCUGUAGUUCCAUCAGUUUGUAUUGUGUUCCAGUGUAUUCUGUAGUUCCAUCAGUUUGUAUUGUGUUCCAGUGUAUUCUGUAGUUCCACCAGUUUGUAUUGUGGUCCAGUGUAUUCUGUAGUUCCACCAGUUUGUAUUGUGUUCCAGUGUAUUCUGUAGUUCCAUCAGUUUGUAUUGUGUUCCAGUGUAUUCUGUAGUUCCAUCAGUUUGUAUUGUGUUCCAGUGUAUUCUGUAGUUCCACCAGUUUGUAUUGUGUUCCAGUGUAUUCUGUAGUUCCAUCAGUUUGUAUUGUGUUCCAGUGUAUUCUGUAGUUCCAUCAGUUUGUAUUGUGUUCCAGUGUAUUCUGUAGUUCCAACACCUUUUUUUAAAGGGGAAGUUGACCAUGAAUCUGUAUCACUGUUAGCCAAAUAGGAAUGUUUAAAAAAAAUAGUCUUAUUCAGCUUGUAAAUAAAAUCUGUUUUUGUGCUUUA